AUGAUCGGACUUCUAGCCCUAACCUCCAUCCCAACGGUGACAGGCGUAUCCCUCGCGUCUAGCGAGCAGCGCAAAGCAAACCAGCGCAAAGAAGAGGCCCGUCGCAUGGUGAAGUUCAACAUAGUAGCAGAAUGCGACGGGGACACAGACGAUGACCGCGAAUUAAACGGGAUGACUGUUGUUGUAAGAGACGAAAAGGUACGAAUCCCCAAUGCAAACCCAGAUGAAGACUCCACAGACAUCACAGACAUCAUAGUCUACCUCGCCAACCCAGAUCCCUCCAAACGAUCCCCACCGGCUUUCACAGCCCUGGCCUUCUAUAUCGAGUAUCCAGAGCCGGAAGAAUUAAAAUACCUCAAGCGUGAGCGUGGCCUCGGCCUCCCGACUUACGUCCAGGAUAACCCGCCCCUUCUCAACUGGAUCUAUGCAGAUAUCAAAACUCAUGAAUUGCGGUACGGAAACCGGUCGCAGAGUGUAGAGCAGCUAGUCGAGCCGUGGGACUGGUGUAAGAAUGAGAAGUUCAUUUCGCUGAAAGGGAAGCUGAAUUCUUUUAUUGCGGUUGAAGAGGAGAUGGGUGAAUGGGCGUUAUAUUAUGAUCGUGAUGGCGAUGAGCUUGCGCGCGUUCUUGAGGAGCAGGGAUUGUUGGAUUGUCCUUUUGUGCCUGUCAAGUUGGCGAGGAAGGUUGUUGAAUAG